AUGAGAGGAUUAAUUGUUAGAUUCCGAUUUUCUGAAUAAGUUUCAGUUCAAUAGCCAAUACAAUUGAAAAGAUUUUAUAAGGAGGCAACCAUUGAAAUGGCCACGAAUCCAACUAAUCCAUAUCAUUAAUGGCUCGUGAAAGUAUAUAUUAAUAAGUAAUAUUUAAAUAGUUAGAUGGAAAGACAGUAAAAACUCCUUCUAAAAAUACGUUGGCAGUCCCAUCCCCUCAAUUGGCAUCGUUUAUUGCUCAUGAAUUUAACAUGCAAACUGAAUACAUAAGACCAACGACUAUGCCACUCUUAACUUUAGCUAGGAAUGCAAUUGAUAUUGAGGCAGAUGAUAGAAUCAGAUAAUUUAUGGAAUAAUCAAUUAUUAGUUAUUUAGAGAGGGAUACAGUGUUAUUUAGAGAGAAUCCAGACACUAAAUUAUAUAAAAUUCAGAAAGACAAACUAGAUCCACAAUUGAAAAUCUUUAACGAGAAAUUUGGAUUGCAUUUGAAACCCAAUUUUGGAUUAAACAUAGAGCCUUUGAAAUAAUACGAUCAAAUUAGAAUUGAAACAAUAGUGAGUGAGUUGAAUAAUUGGCAAUUGGUCAGUUUGGAUGCAAAAGUUGGUAUGAUGUAAUUAUCUAAGUAGAAAAUCUAAAAUCCUGUAUUUUAGCAUUACUAAUUUGGAAUAAUCAUUUGUAAGUUGAGGAGGCAGUGAAAUUGUCAAGAUUAGAAGAGGAUUUCUAAAUUGCACAGUUUGGAAAAGUUGAGGGCCAUCAUGAUUACGACGAGAAUACUAUUAUGAUGAAUGUAUCGGCUUCUAAAUUGUUUGCAUAAUUGAUUUAGACUUAAAGUAUCGCCUAUUGA